AUGGAAGCCCCACCUGCGGAAGGGCGAAAAAGCCUGACUUGGUGCGGGCCGUGUGCGUGCCGCAGGCGGGAGCGGUUCGAGAACGGCAUCGACCGUUUCACCCUGAGAUUCGCUGACCCGAUGAAGGAGGAGGGCUUCGCGCGCAUUCAUAGGGCGCGGCUGUCCCAAAACAUGUCUUACGCGAUCGGGACCGUUGCCACCGUUGGCCUGAUCAGCGUGAUUGCCCACAGGUUCUGGGACGAUUCCCAGUAUCCCACAGAGGAGGCUCAGGAGCUCAGCAAAUGGCAGAUGCUCAUCAUUACGGUCAGCAUCCUGUCCCUGAUCUUCGCCCUCGGAAUCGGGAAGCUCCUUGCCGACAGCAACAUUGCUAGCACCAUUGGGUUGGAGAUCCUCGCCGUGUCUGCAGGCAGCUGCUUCAUGGUACUGCUGGUGACUAUCCCGAAGCACUACAUCGCGCGAGUCUUCGGCCACGCCGACACGGAGGCCGUAUGGGGGGUGAACCUGGGCCCCACCGACGGCAGCUUGGUGCUGUACAUUGACCUGGUGGUCACCGCCGUGCACUGGCUGCUGCCCAUCCGCUGGAUCGUGCUCGCCCCGCUGGAGGUGAUCGCCAUCCUGGCUUACACCGUGCCCGCGCUGGUGCUCGGCAGCCCAGCCAUGAACAUGGUCCCGUUCAACGUCAUCGGGCUUCUGGCGCUCACGCUCUUCGCGGCCUUCGGGAAGCGGGCAUUCGAGAGGCAGGAGCGCGCGCUGUUCGCGGGGUUCCUGUCGGAGAAGCAGAUGCGGUUUCAGGCCGAGUUCCAGCUGUCCAAGGUGGACGGCGGCGAGGUCGCGCGGACGGAGGACGCCGGCUCCGAGCGGUCUGGCGGGCUGUCCCGCCCGGGGACGACGAUGAGCGCGGCGGCCUUCGAGGGCAGCCUGGAGAACGCGUCGCUGGACCAGAUCCGCGCCAUUGGCCGGAGGGAGCAGUGGCUCAUGGCCAGCGGGGACGACGUGCAGAUCCUGCCCGACAAGGUCCUCGGCUCGGGCGGCUUCGGCAUCGUCGUGUGCGGUCUGUACCAUAACACCGUCGUUGCGGUGAAGGCGCCGCGGAAGGACAUCACGGCGAACGGCGCCAUCGGCUCAUCUUCGAGGGAGAAAAAGCGGCAUAAAGAUGUACUUUCGGAGGUCCGCGCGGGUUUCUUGGAUCGUCGCCUGGGGGGCUUCGGCGCCAGGGGGGCCCAGCGCCGAUCCAAGAAGUCCGCGCGAACCUCGGAAAGUUGA